CGACCCAGAUGCCUCAGCGAUGUUUAACAUGCAGAAAAGUCAGGCGAAUCUUAAUGGCUCGCUUGCUCCGCUUGAAUAAAGUGCGACGCCCAAGUGCACUGGCACUGACUGCGGGAAGGCGACUGAAAUGUGCUGUUCGCACUUUGAGGCGGAGGAACAGGGAAGUGCACACCCUGCAUGAAGUCGUGCAAAAGUUGCGACAAAAGAAUUCCUCUAUAAAGAAAAACAGUUUUGAGGCAAAAGUAAGCUAUUUUACUUUUUCAGAUUUGAUGUCUAAAAUAAACGUUGCUGUUGUGCUUUUGUUUCAGAUCAAGCAGCUUCCAAAAAAGCAGCAGUGUGCAGUCAGAGCAUGUUUCGAGGCAUCGAAGCGGCUAUCCCUGCGGGGAUAGCGAUAUGAUAAAGCAUGGCUCUUGGAGUGCAUGAUUUUAAGGAUGAAGAGGCCUAGAUUAUAGGAGCAUUUGAGGGGCCAUAAGAAUCUUGUACUUCCCAGCCGUGUGUGCCUACAAAAGUACAUCAAGAUAUGCAACUACGUGUUUUUUAUUGAGUAUAAUUUAAUCAUUAUUAUCUUAUAUUUGCAGGCUUUCAAAGCAUAUUAUGGUUUCAGCCGUAAACUUCUUGAGUGUGUGAAGGAAAAGGCCAGCGAAAUGGACGAAAUGAACAGGCAUGGUAGGCUAGUUAUAGAUGAGAUGAAACUUUCCACACACCUUGACCUCAAAUCUACUACGGAUAUUGAGGGCUUCGUAAACCUGGGCCAGUUCACCGAAGCACAAGACAAGCACACAAAAGCUGAUCACGGCCUAGUUGUUAUCUUUCAGCCUUUCGUGGGGAAAUGGACACAGGUCAUAGGUGUCUUUGCUUCAAAUGGAAACGCAAUUCUUCUAUGCGAGCGAGCUGGUCUGCAUGUGGACUACAUCUGUACUGACGGUGCAUCAUGGAACCGUGCCAUGUGGCAUAGCAUGGGUGUGCAUGGCAAUGCUAAACACGUGCGAUGCAAGGUUACACAUCCAUGCGACAAGAAGCGGUUCCUGCAUUUCAUCUCAGAUUUUCCCCAUCUCGUGAAAUGUGUGCGAAACACUAUGAUUAGGCACGGCUUCAACACACACAAAGGCCGAGUAUGCAUACUAUUUCAUUGUCUUCAUUAUUUGAAAUGCAGGGCACCUGGGAAGCAGCUGUUGUAAUCACCAAUAUGCAAUCUUGCAGGCUCAUUGGGAACAUGUUUUGCAACAACUUGGAAGGUUGACAGCAGUGCCUUAACAUUAAAAG